AAGCUCGUCUGGGGCCCGACAAGCAAGACUUGAACCGCGGCGGCUGCCUUAGCCGAGCCGACAAACUUACUUAUACUACAUACUUUGCCCCCACCGGGGGAAAAAAAAAAAAAAAAAAAACCAAAAAAACUCGCGUCGCCGCCGUUGAGGGCGAGUCGCUCGGCGGAAUACGAGACGGACGACGCCGGUUUUUGACGGCUUUUUUCGUGGCUGCGAGUGGGGAAGCCGAGAGCCACACACACACACACACACACACAAAAAAGCUUCUCAGCUGGCUAGCCAGCGGCUAGGCGGCUAACUGGGCGAGCUAGCGUGCCGCUCCUCCUCCUUGCGGCGGCUCGGGACUGGGAAAACGGAGGCUGACAAGUCGGCUUUCACCCCCCCCCCUCCCCUGCCCUCCCCCCGGACCACCAAGCCGUAGAUGGAAGCGCUCGGUCGGACCGGCAGCGACCCAUCAACCGAGCCGCAGCCGUAAAUCCGGACGGGCCUCGGGCCUGCACUUUUGUCCACCAGUCGGUAUACGAUGCGUCGCUCGGCACCGUUAGCCGCCGGAGGCUAAGCUAGCUACUUAGCAUGUGCUCGCCAAUCUGGACUCAUGCGCGGCGCGGAGGUCUGUCGAGUGUUUAAUCGUUGACUGCGAGCCGAGUGUCAUUUUGUUGCGCGAGUGUUUGGCGGAAUUGCUUCGUAAACAAACGCGGACAGCGUUGUGAUGCUAACGUUAAGUUCCUGAUCUCCGAACGUGAAUUACGAUGCUAGCUAGCCCAAUGUUGCUAUGUUCCUCCGCACUACCGGGAACGUAGAAUUGGGAGUGUUUAAAUGAAAUUGUCAGUGGGGGGUGGCGUAGGUGCGAGAUAAAUGCCGAAUUCGGAUGUACUCCGGGAUGGCCGCGGCCAGAGUUCCCCAACGAAGAGAAACACCAACAGGCAGGACAGACGCAACGCGAGCAAGCCGGGAAGCAGCGCUGCUCAGCGGGACAGACACCGAGACAAGAGACGCUCCUCGGCUUCCCGUCGGAAGAAACGCAGGCAAGCCAAGGACAGGGACGUGUGGCACCUCGGUGUGACGGAACAACCUGUCGGCGACCGGCAUGGCGCCUUCGGGAAGGUGGCUGACCUUCGCACGCUGGUGGAGUAUGACGACGUGAGCUCCCAGUCCGAGCGGUUCUCCGGGAGCCCCUCGCCCAAGCCGGACCAGCACGUCGAUCGCAUCUCCCUGGACCAACUGACCGACUUCGGCGAGUACAACGGCCCGGCGUCGCAUCCGAGGGACCGCGAGGACGUCGUCCUGUUCAAGGUCGACCCCGAGAGAGGACUGACAGAAAGGCGCAAGCCUGCGAGCAAAGAUCCGGGCCAGAAGAAAGAGCGGCCCCAGCGUGAUAGAAACUCCAAAGUUCACGCCGGACUCGGGCCGAGCGACAGUAAAAACCACCGAGAUGCGGUGAAGAGUACCAGCAAAAACGGUAAGAGAGCGUCGUCGGGUCAGUCGUCGCAGUCUGCGGACAAACGGGAUUCCAAAAAGCAACGGAGUAAAACGAGAGCGGCUAAAGAACCACCGUCUGCGUACAGAGACGUUCCUCCGCAGUCGUAUCGGGACGACGAGUUAAGGACCUACAAAAAGAGUCCGGGAUUCAAAGCCGAAAGUCCCUACGGGACGUCCUACCCGUACGGCUACCAGUCCCCGCCGGGUUACAACCAGGUAUCGAGACGAAGCCCCGCUUACCCGAGCAAAAGAACCUCUCCCGCGCCCAACUACUACGGCCGAGACGCCGACGCGUACGGCGGGUACGGCCUCGCCAAGUCGCCCGGCUCGUACUCGGGCGGCAAGCGGAAGCGAUCCCCCGCCAGUCCCGCCGCUUGGCGAAGGUCUCCCAGUUACGGCCGACGCAGUCCCUACGAGCACGGGGAGUUCGUCGCCAGUCCUUUUGGGGGCCGGCGGAGGUCGCGGAGUCCCUACAGGAAGUCCCUCAGCCCGAGUCCAGAUGCCAGGAGAUCGGCGAGGUCUCGCAGCCGAAGUCCGUAUUCGUCCGCCAGGCAUUCUCGCUCCCGCAGCCGCCACCGGCACUCUCGCUCCGGCAGCCGACCCUCCAGCCUCUCGCCGAGCACGCUCACCUUCAAGAGCAGCCUGGCGGCCGAGCUCAGCAAGCAGAAGAAGGCCAAAGCUGCCGAGGCCGCCGCCAAAGCCAAGGGCGCGGGCGGCUCGUCCACGCCGGCCAAGCUCGCCGCCGCUCACCAGCCCAGCCCCAAGACCAACCACGCGGCCCGGAAGGGACGCCCGCCCUCGCCGCCCGCACCUCCAGCAGCAGCGGCGGCGGCGGAGAAAGGUCCACGCACGCCCACGUCUGGCCCGCCCCAGUCGCCCUCUGAGCGCUCUUCAAAGAGGAAUACCGAACAACCCGCCAGCCGGGACAAAGACGCAAAGGCCAAAGACGACUCCAAGAGGAACGCGACGACGGCCGCCGGCCCCAACAAAGAUAAGGAACGAGCCGCCGGGACCCUCACCUCCAGCAUCUUGUCCCUUCCGCUUCCGCUGAGUGUUCUUGAACAAAUGGAUAAAGGCGAGAGCACAAAGGAGGCGUGUACGUCGGCAAAGAAGAAAUCGCAACGGAAGGGCCGAGCGCUCCUCACCGACCUGCCGCUGCCGCCGCUUCUUUCCAGCCGGACGUCUUCCCCGCGCAGCCCGGCCGAGGACAAGAAGGCACAAACGCCGCGUCGGAGGCCAAAAAUGUGCGGGCCGAGAUACGGCGAGAUAAAAGAAACGGAGAUCGACUGGGGGAAGCGCUGCGUGGACAAGUUCGAGAUCAUCGGCAUCACGGGGGAAGGCACGUACGGCCAGGUGUACAAAGCCAAAGACAAAGACACGGCCGAGAUGGUGGCCCUGAAGAAGGUGCGCCUGGACAACGAGAAGGAGGGCUUCCCCAUCACGGCCAUCCGAGAGAUCAAAAUCCUCAGGCAGCUCAACCACAAGAGCAUCAUCAACAUGAAGGAGAUCGUCACCGACAAAGAGGACGCGUUGGACUUUAAAAACGAUAAAGGUGCUUUCUAUUUGGUGUUCGAGUACAUGGACCACGACCUGAUGGGCCUGCUGGAGUCGGGUCUGGUGCACUUCAACGAGAGCCACAUCAGGUCGUUCAUGCGGCAGCUGCUGGAGGGCCUGGACUAUUGCCACAAGAAGAACUUCCUGCACCGCGACAUCAAGUGCUCCAACAUCCUGCUCAACAACAAAGGUAAAAUCAAGCUGGCGGAUUUUGGCCUCGCUCGCUUGUACAACUCCGAAGAGAGCCGACCGUACACCAACAAAGUCAUCACGCUGUGGUACCGCCCCCCGGAGCUCCUGCUGGGCGAGGAGCGCUACACCCCGGCCAUCGACGUGUGGAGCUGCGGGUGCAUCCUGGGGGAAUUGUUCACCAAGAAGCCCAUCUUUCAAGCCAACCAGGAGCUCGCCCAGUUGGAGCUGAUCAGCCGGAUAUGCGGCAGUCCGUGUCCCGCCGUGUGGCCGGACGUCAUCAAGCUUCCCUUCUUCAACACCAUGAAACCCAAAAAGCAGUACAGGCGACGACUGCGGGAAGAAUUUGCUUUCAUCCCUCCGUCCGCUCUGGACCUGUUCGACCACAUGCUGAACCUUGACCCCAGCAAGCGCUGCACGGGCGAGCAGGCCCUGGGCUGCGACUUCCUCAAGGACGUGGACCCGGACAAAAUGCCGCCGCCAGAUCUUCCGCUGUGGCAAGACUGUCACGAGCUGUGGAGCAAGAAGCGUCGGCGUCAGAAGCAGAUGCCCGAGGAGCUGGCCGUUCCCCCGAAGGCGCCGCGCAAAGAGCUGGGCGUGGACGACAGCCGCAGCAACACCCCCCAGGGCAUCGCCGCCCCCGGGGGCAUCAAAGCCCCGACCGGGGCAGCUUCUGCGCUGCUGGACGUGAAGGGUCCCAACUCCCAGCUGACCCAGGAGCAACUGGCGGUCCUGCUGAACCUCCUGGGCCCAGCCAACAGCGGCACCAACCCGGCCCAAUUCUUUCAGGCCGCCAGUUCCAAAGUCAACCAGGAGACGCUGCAGCAGCUCUCCAAAGUCCUGCCGGCCUCCGCGACCGAGCCGCCCCCCCAGCCCGCCGCGCCCCGGACCCCGCCCGUGCCCAAGCCGCCUUCCCCGCCCGAGGGCGCCGCCGCCGCCGCCACCACCCAGACGGCCGUUACCAUGCUGCUGGCUCAGCUGCUGCAGGCUCAGAGAAAGGACGACGGCGGGGACGGGGCGGAGGCCGCCCCCGCCCCCUCCGACGACCUGCCGGCGAGAGCACCCCCGCUUCCUCCCGACAGGAAACAACCUCCAGAAUCGAGCCCCGUCUCACCUGUGCUGGAAAUGAGCGGCGUCCCCAUCCUGCCCCCAGACCAGAGACCGCCCGAGCCCCCGGAGCCGCCCCCGCACGCCGACCUGGACUACAGGCGCCCGCCGCCCGAGCCAAAGCCCGGCCACGCCCCGCCCGUCGCGUCGACCGGGGGAGGCGACGGCGGCGCCCGCCCGCCGGAGCCCGACUACCCGCCCCUUCCCACGGCGGAGGGGCCCGGCUACGGGGGCGACUUCAGCCACCCGCCGCCGCCGCCUCCCUUCACCCCCACGGGCUUCGGAGACAGCUUCAUGGGUCACGUGUUGGGGGCGGGGCUCCCCCCUCACGCUCUGAGAGAUGUGUUUAGUGGGCCGAGCCAGGCCCCGCCCCCCGAGCCCUUCCCCCCGCCGUGUCCCUCCGUCACGGGACCGCCCGGGAUGGUGUUUGCCGGGGACAAGGACCACCGCUUUGAAUACGGCCCCCUACCGGUCGAGGGCCGUCCCAGUCCCGGUGCCCUCCACCUGUACAACCACGCCCUGAUCCGGAAGGACGGCGUGCCGCCUCAUCCGCCGCCGCCCCUCCCGGUCCCGGUCCCGGCCCACGCUUGGGCCUCGCCCUCCCGCCAGGUGCCCCUCGGCUUCGUCCCCCACGUCAACUCCGCCGUCAGAGGACGAGGGCUGCCGUUCUAAGCUAACUGGAAGCGACGUUUCGUGGCUUCUCGCGACUUCAUAGCCGCUCGGACCCAAAGUGGGAGGAGCUAUUCUCGCUCGGACCGUUUUUUGUAUUUUUUUUUUUUUUUUUAAAUGAAAUCUUUGGAGAGAGGCGUCCAACGAUUUAUCGGGCCGGUACGUCGCCCUCCCGCCUCCCUCCCGUUGGCAGUAUAAUAAUCAUGUUUUGUAUGAACUACUGACUGCGGUAGGCUCCAAAACUCAAAUCUUUUAGCAGCAGCAGAAGAAGAACUCGUCGUCGAGUCUGGUGCGCUCUCUUUUGAUUUUUUUUUUUUUUUUUUUUUUUUUAAUUUUUCGAGAAUCAUGCUACUGGACUACUACAACUCGGAGGAGAGAAUCUGAUGCGGACGACGGCAAACGGCGAUGAUGUAAAAUGAGCAAACACAAAAGGACAAAAGGUGUUUGUUUGUUUUUUUUUUUUUUUU